UAACCACACUUUCCUGUUUUCUAGUUGCAAUAUAGCUGUGCCAAGCUUUAGCUAUUGGGCUGGAAUUUCGCUUGGGUGGUGUCUGGUUCCUACUUGAGUGUUUGGAUGGAUGGCAAAGAGGUGGGGAGUUGCAGCCCAAACUGUUUGGCUGGUUUUAAUAAAAUUGGACUUGAAAAAGCCACAUUAUUCAUCUUGUGUCAAGGAAAAAGCCUGAAAGUUUGGAAAAGUUCCUCCAAACAUUUGAGCAUUGGCUGUGUGCUGCAUAUCUGUGUUAUGCCUUCACUCUGGGAAACUAAAAAAUCAGCCCAUGUUGGGCUCUCAGGACCACUCAAGAUUUACAGUGUGAUCAUGCUCAGAACAGCCUUCGUAGUUUUGCAGGUAAAUCCCUUGCAGAUGCUGCAUUGACUCGACCCGGCUGUCAGUACAUGACAGACCACACACCCAGGACUGGUUUUUUGCCCUGGAUUUGGUGGGACAGACUUGCAGGUCUUUCCUUUUAAUUUCGGAUGGCAGAAGAACAAGCAGGAGGAGACUUGGCCCUUAUGUGCGAACCUGAGGAAUGUCCCAGGGGCUUGUUUUGACUUCCCUUUGGAGGGCUCAACUCCUGUGGUUGGGAUGCUGGCCUGCAGGACACUUGCUGGUGUCCCAGGAAGCUUAGCCUGGCUUUUGUCUUGUCAGAGGCUCUCUGGCUAGGGGAGAGGCUGAAGACCCAUGAGGGCAAAUCCAAAAGAAUGUGUAAGCAGAUACCUCCACAGAGACUUGAGACAGAUAUCUGCUGCCAAGUUCCUUCAUGGGCUCCUUCCAGCCAUUGGAGAGCAGGUGGCCCAUCUAGGGCCUGAUCCAUCCAUUCUGAGGUAGACCUUCAACACCACACAGGCAGUGAUGCCCUGUCUGGCUGUCUCCAUACACUCUACAGCAAGCCUGGCCUGCUAGCUCAGGCGUCUGUCUGGAGAUGACACACCAUCUGUUGUGACCAGACAGGCUCCUCCAGCCUGUGGUCACCUCAUAAAGAGGCAUCACUGUUCCUGCCCGCCUGCACUGUACAACAUGCUCUGCUAGGUCACUAUAUAAAUGAUUUUAAUAGUUCAGAAUUGCUUACAAUUAACUCAAAGACUCCUGUCCUGGCUCUUGGUUUGUUCGUGGGGCUGGGGAGGACUUUUCAGGGGGGAUCCAUCUGUAACACAGGUGCCUCCCUCUAAGGAUCCAGUGGGUGGGAUUAGACAUUCAGUGGGCUCAUCAUCAAGUUUCUCCUGACACCUGUAACCAUGUAGUUCCUUUGCUCUGCUUUAAUUGGUAGGGGGCGGGGACACACUUCAUAAAGAAAGAAGUCAGAAACCCUUUCCAAGGUUGGAAAAAACCUUUGCGAUCAUCAGGUCCAGCUGUACCUGUCCACUACUAAAUCAUAUCCCUAAGCACUUUGUCUGCCCAUCUUUUAAACACCUCCAGGGAUGGGGAUUCAACCACCUCCCUGGGCAGCCUCUGCCAGUGCCUGAGAACCCUUUUGGUGAAGAAAUUUUUCCUGUUGUCCAAUCUGAACCUGCCCUGGAGCAACUUGAGGCCAUUCCCUCCUAUCACCUACCUCUUGGGAGAAGAGACCAGGACCCACCUUUCAUGAAGUUGUAGACAGUGAUAAGUUCUCCACUCGGCCUUCUUUUCUCCAGGCUGAACAACCCCAGGUCCCUCAGCUGCUCCUAAUAAGUCUUGUUCUUCAGUCUCUUCACCAGCUUUGUCGCUCUUCUCUGGACACACUCCAGGACCUCAAUGCCCUUCUUGUAGUGAGGGGCCCAAACCGGAACCCAGGAGUCAAGGCGAUGCCUCACCCAUGCAGUGCUCUGCAAAGAACGUGCCGUGGGGCUGGGAUCGUGCAGGGAUCAGAAGCACCUGGCUGUGCCCAGUACAGGUGCGGGGAUGCGGCACACCCUGUGACAGCAGGAGAUGUACACAGAUGCGCGUGGAGAAGAGGUACUGCCGAGCCUGAGCUGAGUGUGGGGAGGGAGCCUGUACGCAUUGGGACAACAAGCAGAAUAUGAGCGAGAACAACCACUUUCCAUGGUCAGCCGCAGAUCACAGCGAGCUGCAUUCCUCCGGCUCAGAGCCGGCCACGCUGGCCUGCAGCGAUGGGGAUGAGCAGCUCAGCCAAGCUCCAGAGCCUGCCAGCGGGAGAGCCAGCCCCUGGGAUGAUGCUCAGCCCUCCCGAGGAGUGGAGGGGGAGCGUGAGGGCGAGGGGGACGAACAGCUGGAAGCGUCAGUUGAGCCAGGCAAGACACAGGGUGAGCAGGGACUGGGGACGACCACUGCCAGAGAGAGUGGCUGCAAGGACAGGCCAGUGCUGGCCAACGGUGUGGACAAGGAGCUGGCUGCGGGGCAGGAGCAGACUCUGCUGCAGCAGUGGGACGGCGGCGUGCCCAGCCCAAGCAGUGUGGAUUCAGGGGAGAGGGGCUCCCCCACCCAGGAGAUACCUCGCAAGGUCCUCAGCAAGGAGAGGUGGCACAGUGUCCUGGGCUCCUCAGAAGCUUUAAGUGCCGACGAGGCGGAGGAGCAACUCGGGUUUGCCUCUGGAUAUGCUAAGCUGAGCUGCAGUGAGGACGACAAAGAACAUUUUCAAUUCAAAGACAUCAGGGAUGGGUUCAGCUCGACCUUUGAGAAGAUCGUUGAGUCUGACCUUAUGAAGGGCACCUACUACAGCAGCUUGGACUCUUUGGAUGUCCUCUCUCUCACAGACGAGACAGACAGCUGUGUCAGCUUUGAGGCACCGCUCACCCCAUUGAUCCAGCAAAGGGCCAAGGAGAGCCCAGAGCUCUUGGAGCAGAAACUUGUGGCCCAGCAGAGAGAAGCCCUCCACCACAUGGCUGCGGAUAAGCAAGAGCAGGGAGCAGCAAAGCCAGCAGAGGGGGAUUUUGGGAGCCCUCUCAGGCACUCAAUUACCAGCAGCAGGUCAGAGAAUGUGCUGAGCCGGUUGUCUUUGAAGAGUAUCCCAAAUGGGUUCCACCUGGAAGGGUCAGAGGAAGAUGCCACCAAGAUCAUUAACUCCAUCAGUGAUGCUAGCUUGAAAGAUGCACUGUCAGACUCUGACUCUGACAUGGGCAGCACGGAGCAGCUCGACCAGGGCAGCACGGACACCCUGGCGAAUGGCUGCAGGGCAGAUAGCGAGGCUGCUAAGAGACUGGCCAAGCGCCUCUACAACCUCGAGGGGUUCAAGCGCUGCGAUGUGGCACGCCAGCUCGGGAAAAACAAUGAAUUUAGCAAGUUGGUGGCAGAAGAGUAUCUCAGCUUCUUUGACUUCACUGGCCUGACCCUUGACAAAGCACUCAGGACAUUCUUGAAAGCAUUCCCACUGAUGGGAGAGACGCAGGAGCGGGAGCGGGUACUGAUCCAUUUCUCCCGGCGCUACUGCCAGUGCAACCCAGAAGAGAGCACAUCGGAAGAUGGGAUCCAUACGCUCACCUGUGCCCUGAUGCUGCUAAACACAGACCUUCAUGGCCAUGUGAAUAUUGGCAAAAAGAUGUCGUGUCAACAGUUCAUAGCAAACCUGGAUGGGCUGAACGAUGGGAAGGACUUUGCAAAGGACUUGCUGAAGACGCUAUAUAACUCCAUCAAGAAUGAGAAGCUUGAAUGGGCCAUUGAUGAGGACGAGUUGAGGAAAUCACUCUCGGAGCUGGUAGAUGACAAAUUUGGAGCCAGUGCAAAGAAAGUGACGAGGAUUGUUGACAGCAGCAACCCCUUCCUGGACAUCCCCCAGGCGCUGAAUGCAGUCACCUACAAGCAUGGUGUCCUCACACGCAAAACGCAUGCAGACAUGGAUGGCAAGAGAACGCCCAGAGGAAGAAGAGGUUGGAAGAAAUUUUAUGCUGUGCUAAAAGGGACCGUCCUUUAUUUACAAAAGGAUGAAUAUAAACCUGACAAAGACCUCUCUGAAGUGGAUCUGAAAAACGCCAUCCGCGUGCACCACGCCUUAGCCACAAAAGCCUCUGACUACAGCAAGAAGUCCAACGUGCUUAAGCUGAAGACAGCUGACUGGAGAGUCUUCCUCUUCCAGGCCCCAAGUAAGGAAGAAAUGCUCUCUUGGAUCCUGCGAAUCAACCUCGUUGCUGCUAUUUUCUCUGCUCCAGCCUUCCCAGCUGCGAUCUGCUCCAUGAAGAAGUUCUGCCGCCCUCUCCUGCCUUCAUCCAUGACAAAGCUGUGCCAGGAGGAACAGCUGAGGUCUCAUGAAAAUAAAAUGAAGCAGAUUGCAGAUGAAUUAGCAGAGCAUAAAUUACAUCCCGUAGAGAAGAGCCUCAAGUCAAAAGAGGCUGAGGAAUACAGACUUAAAGAACAUUACCUAAUAUUUGAGAAGAGCCGCUAUGAGACAUACAUCAACCUGCUGUGCAUGAAAAUAAAAGCUGGGACAGAUGACCUGGAGAGAAUCGAAACCAGUUUCUUCAAAGUGGAAGCUGAUGACAUUGCUUUGCGGAAGACACAUUCGAGCCCUUCCUUAAGCCAAGGCCACAUGUCUGUCAGCUGUAAGGCAGAAAAGGACAUUUUAGAGCAGAACACUUAACAAGGAACAUGCGCACAGCAGGGAUCAACUGAUGAUGCUUUGCGCUCCUGGACUAGAUUGAUGAGCACAAUUUUACCUAGGAAAUUACAUGAACAAGACCGUAGACGUCUACGACACGGUGACUGCUCUAGUGAAAGAAAUCAAAGAAGCUUUAGUUGACUCUCCCUGACAAUGCUCUGGCAUUUCAGCAUCGUAGACACACCAUUUCUUCUUCAUCCUCAACAGCACCAGUGGCUUUUCUUUCCCUCCUACUGCAGCCUGCACAAUAAAGGGAUAUGCUGGUUCUUCAAGGGCGAGGUUGCUCUUUUCUUCACCAGCCCUCUCUCUCCUCCUUUUCUCCCUGGAGUCCCCACCACUUCAUGUCCAACAGUGCAGGAAACUCAGCCAAGAUAAUGGUCUGUGGUACCACCAGCACUCCCUGAGGAGGGCACAGAGCAGCAGGGAGCAUGUCCCUCCCCCAAGAGGAGCAUUGUUCAGCACGUUGUGAUUGGAUGGUGUCAUGAGCUGGUCACUGACCAAGCUACGGGCAUCUUCAGCACGGCAUGUGAGAUCGUCACCUGCCCAUGGCAGAAGAGUCCUGAAGUGCCCUCUGUCACCUUAUCCUUUUUAUAUAUAUAUAUAUGAAUAUAUAUAAAUAAAAAUAUAUAUAAGGAAACUUUAACGUGGGUUUUUAACCUCAAUGUGCAAGUGAAGGCAAGCUGCCUGGGGACCAUGGAGGGUCUGACCAGCCCACCAGGAUGUUUUAAAAAAUGCAGUAGCCUAUGUUCCUUCCCCCUCCCUCCCUCGCACCUUGCUCCCCGCCUCCCCCCAGCCCCUGUCUGGCUUUGCUGUGAAACAUCACUGUCAUGUUCCUGCGUGUUCAGACAAACUAGCCAAGUGGCUGCUCAUUUCACAUCCAUGGCAUCCGCCACAUUGGGUUCAAGGCACAAUUGGAGCUGUGCUUCAGAUCCAGCUGAACCUUUGUGUGCAGGAGAGAUUCCGCCUGCCCAUCAGAGUUGGACUGCCUCCAUUCCGCAAUGCACAUGCUGUACUCUUUUAAGCAGGGAACUCUGUUUCUGUUUCUCUCUGCUGUCUGUGGUCCAAUGAUUUGCUAUUGCGCUAGAAGUGAUUCCUCUGCAUUUGAACGCCACAACUGUCCUCCCACACCUUAUUUAUUUAUUUCACUUGUUGGUUCAGUUCUUUAUCUCAGAUUGCUUUUCUUUCCCCUAGGUGCAUUCACAGUAAUCAAGUUCCAGUUUUGAAGGAUCUUGUAGCUGCUAAUUACAGUCAUUUGUUGUUUCUAUGUUGCAGCAUUUUUUUUUAAAUGAAGAAAACAAGAUUUAUUUGGACUUUAAAGAUUUGAGAGCCCAUGGACUACGGUGGCCCAUGGUGGUUCAUGACACUAAAACCCUCUGCCCAACUUCGUCACCUCUUCUUUUAUCUCUGUUUCUUUGUACAGUUUGAUAGUUUAUUUGAAAUGAUGCACUAAGACUCAUGUAAAAAAGAAUAACAAUAAAGCUGGAUCCAUUGGU